CAUUUGCAGAUUCUUGCAGUUCUGGUCCUGGCCUGCCAACUUGCCAAGGUCGAUCCAGCACGCCCCCCCCAGGCUUGUCCAGUACAAGGUACCUCUCCAGCGUGCACAACAAAGCAUGAGCCUGGAUAAUAUCGCAAACGGGAUGCAUAACAUGGGGCCCCCGUUAUGGCUUGGGGAAAUCAGUGCCUGCCCUCUUGUUCAACACUUCCCGCGCCUCACACGACCUUUAAACCUCUCCCGACGGCAUGAACCUCUUUUCAGCCUCCGCUCUUGAACUAAACAUGUACCUCCACUGACGUCUUUCUAAGACAUUGGGAUCGGGGACAACGAUCUUGUUCGUCGUUCAAUCUAGCUAUGAAGCUUCCUCAACUUCUCGCCGGUACGCUGAUGGCGCGCCAGGCGGUGCAGCUUUUGCCCUCUACAUUCUGCUCGCCGGAAUGUCCGUCGUGUAAAACAGAUGUUGGGAACUUCGACGGAGCUACGACGUCGUGUGUUGCGAACUCGUCGUUCAUCCAGAAUUGCGGGCUCUGUCAAUCAUGCGUGAUGACCUACGCCAUCGAGAACGGAGGGAUCGAUACGCUGGCAAACGUCGAACAGGGUCUGGUCAACAUCCUCAACUUGUGCGAGAAUACAACCGUCUCUGCGGAUAUUGAGGCUUUACAGUCGCAAGCGUCGAGGAUGUCUGUUCUGGGAGCGGAACUCGCAACGACCACCGAUCCGGCUCUGGCAUCGCUGACGGGGUCGAUCAACAUGGCCAUCACAUCUCCUCCAACUGCGGCGUCUGGCUCGCAUACUGGUACACCUGCAUGGAUGACGAUGACUGGAGAUGAUGAGAAUGCAUCGUGGCGGUCGGUCCUGUCAACAGCGACCUGGGCCUCAGCCUACUAUUCCUACAAGUCAGCCGCAGAGCAGACAACCGCAACCGCAACCUCGAGCUCGACCCCGAAACCCACACAAUCUGCUGCCCCGGCACCUCUAAGCCUGACCUGGAUCGCUGGCCCCGUUGUUGGCUCUGUAAUGGGCAUGUGUACCGUCUUCAUAGUGAUCUUCUUCACACGGCGAAAACAGCGAAAAGAGCACAUUGAAGAGAUUAUGAAGGUGGUAGAGAUACCCAAGGACUUCCAAGACGCCGACAACGACUCUGCGCACUCGCCAGCUCCACCUGCGAAGGUGCAAUUGCGUUCUGAGCGCGUGCCAGCGGUGGAGGCGGGAACGACGGAGAUCUAUGAGAUGCCUGCUGUUGAGCCCGUUGGGAGCGAACUGAACACACCGAUGGAGACGAGGAUGAGGGACGAUUGGCCUGUUAGUCCGCUGAGACCGAUGCCUUUGUCGCCGCUAUCGGGGCUGUUUGCAGCGGUUGAGCUGCGGGACCAGAGGAAUGGUGGUGAUGUUUCGCCGAGGCAUAACACGUUCUAUCACGCUUGAGUGGGCGACGAGUUUUAAUGUUUGGAUAUACUACGGGCUUCGGAGUCCACGGCUCGUCCCGUCCUAGGGAUCUCGCUACGGAUAUUGCUCAACAUCAUUUUCAAUUUAUGAUGUGGCACUGUGUUGGCUAAAGUCAAACUUGCCGCUCGCUUGAGCAUACCAUAUUGGGCAUUGGGUUAUGGAGUACAGGAUACGGGUUUAUUGUGGGAAGCAAGCGAUGGCGCUUGGGGAAUGUGAUUUCGAUGAUGAGCUAGGGAAGAGACUUGGGGCUGGAAAUGGCCAUGAGCCGAAGUUGGACACAGUUCCACACAGUCGACAGGAAUAUUAAUUAGCAGUGGAUGAAAAACUCAUGGCUGUAAGCCGAGUAGAGGGCCAUAGCAUAUAGCAUGAAAAGGCGCAGAAGAAGGUAGAAGCUUGCUUGGCAGCACUCGGUGCUCCGCCUUGCUGAGAUGGAAUGGUUCCUUGGUUGAUACAGUUUACAAUAAUACCCAAAAACAAU